AUGACCAGCUUGCCCGCUGCGAUAACCGCGACAAGAUAUGCGCCCGAGCCACAUGAUCCAUUCGCGUCGGAAUCUCUCAGACCUUCCACUCUUAGGCUGCAACGUCGCAACAGCAAACUCACACAUCUCCAUGGCCUACGUGACCGCUGCAAAGACGCAGCAGGGGUUCUCACAAUCGAUCAUGAGGUCGAUCACAUCCGCUCCGUGACACGAGCCAAAGCUUUGGACGAGGAGUUCUCUGUUGCGGUGCGAGAGCGAUGGCAGACGUGGUCACGCAACGCAAAUCCGUUUCGCACCGACUUGGCAUCAUCGGCAGCUUCCGAGCUCAAUAGAUCUGCUGCCAAUUCAGAGUCUGACCCUGAAGAUUCCUCGGCAGCCUCUGCUACAGAAGAUGCAGAUGAGCAAGAAGAGGCUGAGCAUCCAUCGAAGAGGAAACGAAGAAAGGCAUUUCGCGCCGAAGAGAUCAAAAUCAAGGUUGGGGAAUCCGAACUCGAGAUGACUGAAGGAUGGGAAACAAUCCGUCGAGAUAGAGAAGCUUGUCUUUCUGGGCUCGAUGCGGCAUUGCCAAGCGCUUUUCGCUUUGAUGAGCGACAGUUGCAGGUGUAUGCUCAUCGACUCAAACCAAAAUACAUCAACUCGCUCGAUCGACCAUUCGAGGUCCGCGAUGUUCGGCGGCUGCUUCGACCUUCUCAAAACAUCGUUGGUGCUGGCGUCGUUGUAGCACGCUCUGCAUGUGUGUUCAAUGGCACGACUGAAGUGCCCAACGUUUUGACCAUCUCCUUUUUCACGGGCAGCCUCGACUUUGGCAAGGACGAUGCAGCGACGCAAGACACGACUGAUCCUUCUGGUUCUCCCAAGGAGCUCGACGGUGACAGCACCCGAGACGACUACGUCAAGCGGAUCUGUGGUGAUGGACUUGGUGGAAUGAAGCGCACACAGACCGUCGAGCUGAUUUCGUCACAGACAUUGUCGGAUCUGCAAAAUUCUCUCUUCUGUUGGUCCGACGAACAGCCAGAACGAUGUGGCUGGCGCAAACGCCUCAAGAGGAAGCACCUUAACCCCAGAGGGACGCAGCGCGGUCCCGAACUUAGCAACACACGGCAUCAAAGCGAUCCAGCCAACGAAGCAGGCUCAGAGUGUGAAAGCAAUGAUGAAGACGAAAGAAAUUCGGAUCCUCGCUUUGCUCGAUUCACGGGCCAACGAAGGCAGACGGACACAGUGCUGAUCAUCGAGGACAAGAUGUACAACAAAGGGGUUCGCCAUGGCGACGCCUUGGAAGAAGCCGGUUAUGCCGCACUGCUCGCGCAAUGGAAGACCGCUCCGGGUCAAACUAAUGCUUCAGUCGGAUGGGCAGAAAAGGCGGGCGAUCUAAAUAUCAGCAUCGAUCAGCUCAAUUCAUUCCGUGUCGGUCAGCCGUACUGGCUGCUUCAUCAGGGUGAUUGCGUACACUGCUUCGUGAUUGAGCAAGUCCGAGCCAUGCGACCACGCGAGCAGACAUGGCUAGCCGACACCAGCAAGACUAUGACUAGUGUGGAAAGCGCACCUGGCGGCAGCACGGUCAUAGGCUUCCCACGCGUCACUUGGCUGUCUACGCCCACCAUGCUACGAUUCACUGCGGACAACAAGGACAGCUAUAGCAUCGGUCAUCGCAUCUUGCAUUUGGAUACUCAAGUACCAUCAGGCUACGACGAACUUAAUGAGCAAGGCGGCUCAUCUAGCAACUCGAGAGAAGCGGAAUCGUCACAGCCUUCGAAUCCUUGGCAGAUCGCCUUGAGUCGUACCAGGCGCAAGGAGGAAGGUCUCUUGCGCAAGAAACAGGGCAAAUGUCUUGCAUGCUCGCUGCGAAAAGCCCAAGUUGGCAUUCUUGGAGGCGAUCGUGUUCGUCUGCCUUCGAAUACUGUCGAGAAUCACGACAACGAUGCCACUGCUCAGGACGAACGCAUCGUUGCAGGCCUAGACGACCACCUUACAACACUAUGUACCUCGUGUGCAGCUCUUCUCGGUCUUCCCACACGCCAGAGUGACGCAGCAGAGAACCCCGAAGCGGCUCUUGAGUUGAAUUGGCAGCACAUCGACGCAGACAAGAGCCGCCAAGCCGGCUGGACUGUCUUUCCCAUGUAUUAA